AUGGGAGGUGAUUCAUCAAAAUUUAAAAGAAGUAAAAUUACCUCUAGAAGUGAGGAUGUUGGAGUUACUACAGUUAAUAGAUCAUCAUCAAAUGUUUCUAAUAAAUUAACACCACCAGCAAUAAAAGUUGGACAUUUCAAUAGUUUUUCAUCUAAUGAUAAUAAUCCAAAAAAUCAAUCAUUAAAUGAUGAAAAUAAAAAUAACCUUUUAAUUCCGAGAAGAGUAUCAUCAAAAACAUCUUUAGCAAGUAAUACUGAGGCAGUAUCAUUGUCUAGAUCAGGAAGUUCUGCUAGUAAAAGAAGUGACUCAGUCAAACAACGCCAUCCAAUAACCCAAAGAUAUCGCCAAUUAAUUUCAUCAUGCUUUAAUAAUCCUCAUGAAAAUAUAGGUAAACGUGUAAUGAAAAGAACAUGUGAAAAAAGACCUGAAUACUCAAAAUUUUAUAGAAAUCUUGAUAAUGAAACAAGAGAAGAAAUAGAUGAAUUAAUAAAAGUUUAUAUUAAAAAAGCAGUUGCCAAUAUUGAUUUUUUAGAUGAGGUUCAAAGAUUAAGUGAGGAAAUUGGAGAAAGAUUUGUUUUCUACAGAACAUAUGGAUUUAAAGCUGACUUUUUCACAACAAUUGCUGAUGCUAUCAUUACAGAAUGUUCUUUUCUCGAUAAUGCUGUUCACCCAGCACACAUGACAUUAGCAGCUUUUAGUCAUUUUAUCGGAAUUAUGUUUACAUCUGUUAGGAAUGGAUUUUAUAAUGAAAUAAGACGACUACGACGUUCAUCAAAUAGUUUUUCAAUGUCCUCUAAUGGAUCUUUUAGACAUAAAAAAUUAUCAUACGACUCUACAACAGAUAUCUCACCCCGUAGUCUUUCACCAUCACAAGAUUCCCGAAUAAGUGAUGAAGCAUUUAUCUUUCCAACAACACCAAUAUUAUCAAGAUCAGACAUAGAAGAAAAUAAAUUUUUAAAACCACCAAGAAGUAACUCUAUGAUAGUAACAAGAGGUUGUUAA